AUGGCGAUCGAAGGAGGCGAGGCGAGGCGAGGGGAAGUUUUGCUUGCGGGAAGUUCGCCUGAUCCGAUCGCCCUUCACGCCAUUCGCCGGAAGAGAAGAUGGCCUCCUCUUACCCGACCGCCAUCUCCUCCGCCCUCGCCGCCAUUUCUCGUCGUCGUCGUCGCCGUCGCCGUCGCCGUCACCGCCGCCGCCGUCUUUGAGCAAUCAGGCGCGCUUCGGCUUCUCAACCAGGAGCUGGAGGAGGUCCAGGAUGUCGUCCGAUCGCUCCCCUUCUCCUCCCUUCCCGACCGCCGCGUCGUGCUAGGUUGCGGAUCGGUGUGCGUGGAUUUCUUGGCGGCGGUGGCCUCUUACCCCAAGCCCGACGACAAGAUCCGGAGCACCAGCUUGGAGGUUCGAGGCGGUGGGAAUGCCGGUAAUGCCUUGACUUGCGCUGCACGUUUGGGCUUGAAACCGAGGCUGAUUUCGAAGGUUGCUGAUGAUGCCCAAGGCAGGAGUAUAUUGGCAGAGCUGGAGGCUGAUGGUGUUGAUACUUCCUUUUUGGUGGUUGCCAAGGAGGGUAAUUCACCAUUCACAUACAUCAUUGUUGACGAUCAAAUGAAAACUCGUACAUGUAUCCAUACCCCUGGAUAUCCACCUAUGGUGCCGCAUGACCUUUCUCAAACAAACUUGCUAUCUGCAAUUGAUGGAGCAAGGAUUGUCUACUUUGAUGGAAGGUUGUAUGAAACUGCUUUAGUUGUUGCACAAGAGGCUGUUCGCAGGAAAAUUCCUAUUUUAAUUGAUGCAGAAAGGCCAAGAGAAGGUUUGGAUGACCUUUUGAAGUUGGCUGACUAUGCAGUGUGUUCUGCAAAAUUCCCACAGGCAUGGACAGAUGCGCCAUCUUUUGCUAGCGCCCUUGUAUCAGUGAUGCUUAGGUUACCAAAUCUGAGGUUCGUAAUUGUGACAUUGGGCGGUGAAGGGUCCAUUAUGCUUGAGAGGAGUACUGAGGGUAAUUCUCAAGAAGAAGUGGAUGUGGACAACUUGUUAGAAAUUCUGAAGGAGAGAAAAGAUGAUGUUGCUACCAUUCCAACAUAUGUCUCCUCGUCGGUGUCACAAUUGAAAGCUAAGGGGAUAGGAACUGUGCAUGGGAGGUUACUCUUGGGAACAGCUGAGAAGAUUCCACCACAAGAGCUUAUUGAUACAACUGGUGCUGGUGAUGCAUUCAUUGGUGCAACCCUUUAUGCCAUCUGUGCCAACAUGUCGCCUGAAAAAUUGUUGCCCUUUGCUGCUCAAGUGGCUGCUGCAAAUUGUCGAGCUUUGGGAGCUCGAACUAGUCUCCCGUACCUCACAGAUCCGCGCCUAGUGCCCUUUCUGAGCUGAUAGCUCCCAAAUACUUCAGGCCUGGACAAAAGAGGGAAUCUGGGGGACCCAAAUACUUGAGGCCUGGACAAAAGAGGGAAUCUGGGGACGGACAAGAGAGACAUGGUGGAAUCAUAUUCGAAUUGAAGAGUUUCUUCCCCUUUCAGCAUUAUAUCCAUUGGUGGGAUUCGGUGGGAUUUGUCUGGAUUACUUGGCUGUUCUGUCCACUUUCCCCAAGCCUGAUGACAAAACCAGAUGCAGAAGCAUGAAAAUUCAAGGAGGUGGAGAUGCAGCGAACACUGCAACAUGUUUGGCUCGUCUAGGUGUGAGAGCAAGGCUUAUUUCCAAGCUUGCGGACGACAUCCAUGGUAAAAGCCUCUUAGAGGAGCUGACGGCUGAUGGUGUAGAUACCUC